GUUACCUUCCCCUCGUCAUACAUACGCACAUACAUACAUACCACCUUCACUAGUCCAGUGGACUGACCGGACUACUCACCACAUGAUGCCCCCCCACCCCCAACACGCAGUCCACCACUCCUCCCUGCAGGAUCCCGAGCGCUUCUGGUCUCACCACGCCGACCAGCUCGAUUGGCACCAAAAGCCGUCAUGUGCCAUCGGUCGCCAUUCCAAGACCCUCCCCAGUGGAGUCCGGCACGACCAUUGGGCGUGGUUCCCGGAUGGGGAGAUCUCGACGACGUACAACUGCGUGGACCGCCACGUGCGGGACGGACGCGGAGAGAAUAUUGCUAUUGUUUGGGAUUCGCCGGUGACGGGGUCGAAGGAGAGGUAUACUUAUCGACAGUUGCUGGAUGAGGUGGAGGUUUUGGCGGGCGUUUUGAGGGAGGAAGGGGUGAGGAGAGGGGAUGUGGUGAUCAUUUACAUGCCCAUGAUCCCGGCUACUCUCAUCGCUGCCUUGGCCAUCACUCGACUGGGCGCCAUCCACGCGGCCGUCUUUGGCGGCUUCGCGCCGAAAUCGUUGGCGCAGCGCAUCGAGGCGGCCAAGCCCCGCGCUAUCUUGACGGCUUCCUGCGGGAUUGAGGGAUCCAAGGGCCCCAUCCCUUAUCGCCCGUUGGUGGAGGGUGCUGUGGAGGCAAGUAGUUUCAAGCCGGAGAAGAUCCUCAUCUGGCAGAGGGACGAACACCGCUGGAAUCGGCCCGACAAGCGAGGGGGCCAACGGAACUGGCAGCGGUUGAUGAAGAGCGCUCGCAUGCGCGGUAUCAGGGCAGGGCCGGUCCCCGUGAAGAGUACCGAUGCGCUGUACGUGAUCUACACGAGCGGGACCACGGGGCUGCCCAAGGGUGUGGUCCGCGAAGCCGGCGGCCAUGCCGUCGGUCUGCACCUUUCCAUCCAGUAUCUGUUUGACAUCAAAGGGCCGGGCGAUGUCAUGUUCUGCGCGUCAGAUAUCGGGUGGGUCGUCGGGCACUCGUAUAUCCUCUAUGCGCCUCUCCUCGUCGGAGCCACGACGGUCCUCUUCGAAGGGAAGCCCGUGGGCACUCCUGACCCGGGCACAUUCUGGCGCAUCGUCGAGGAGCACAAAGCCAACGCGCUGUUCACCGCCCCGACUGCCAUGCGGGCCAUCCGGAAAGAGGACCCCGAGAAUCGCUUCUUCGAGGCGGUCGCGCGUCGCGGAGGUCUCCGACACCUGAGGGCACUCUUCCUCGCAGGCGAGCGCAGCGAGCCCAGUAUCGUGCGGCUCUACCAGGAUCUUCUGACCCAGUACGCGGCCCCGGGGGCCCUAGUCAUCGACAACUGGUGGUCGUCCGAGUCAGGGUCUCCGAUUUCGGGGCUAGCGCUGAGAAGCGCUCUGGGCGUCGCGCAGCAACAAGCUGUCGACGCCAAUCCGGUCAAACCACUGGCAAUCCGACCGGGCUCGGCGGGUCUGCCUAUGCCCGGGUUCGACGUCCGGAUUGUGAGCGACGAAGGGGAGGAGCUUCCGCGGGGAACGAUGGGCAACAUAGUCAUGGCGGUGCCGCUGGCACCGUCCGCGUUUACAGGGCUGUUCAAUGACGACGAGCGGUUCUACCGGAGUUAUCUCAAGCGGUUUGAUGGACGAUGGGUUGACACGGGCGAUGCGGGGAUGAUUGACGACGAAGGGUAUAUUCAUAUCAUGGCGCGGUCUGACGAUAUAAUCAAUGUAGCUGCGCAUCGGUUCAGCACGGGAGCAAUCGAACAAGCCAUCCUCUCACACCCCUCCAUCGGCGAAGCCAGCGUAGUCGGCAUCCCCGACCCGCUCAAAGGCCACCUCCCCUUCGCAUUCAUCCAGCCCCGAAGCGGCACGGGCCCCCUCCCGGCAACACCGUCCGCAGAAUUCUUCCGCGAAGUGAACGGGCUCGUGCGCGAGCAGAUCGGGGCGAUCGCCUCCUUGGGAGGCAUCAUCCAAGGACGGGGCAUGAUCCCCAAGACGCGCAGCGGGAAGACCCUUCGCCGGGUGCUGCGCGAGUUGGUGGAGAAUGGCGUGCAGGGGAAGUAUGAUGCGCCCGUGGGGGUGCCUCCUACUGUUGAGGAUGGGGAGGUGGUGGAGGUUGCGAGGGGGUUGGUGAGGGAGUUUUUUGAGAAGAAGAGUGCCGGUUUGGCGAAGCUUUAGAUGACCAUGCUAUACUGGGUGGGCUGGAGGAG